CUAGCUUGCUUGGUAGCUGGAUCUCAAACAUGACCUUUAUGUGAAGUUGAAAAGUGGUAAAAAUUGUGUUGCAGCUUGCUUGGUGUCAGGUUUUUUGUUUUGUCACACCAAAGACGACAAAGCAAAAGUAACCGAGUUGUUGAUCUGUUGAGGCUGUUUUUGCAUGAGACUUCGUUAUUUUAACCUACUCUAUUCCUCCACCGGUCAAAUUCACACAAUAUAUACCUCCAGCUGCAUCUUUACCUUAGCUUGCUAGCUCAAUCCUCUCUUGCGUCCCAUCUCUCUCCUGAUCAAGACAAGCUAUAAUAAUAUACAUAUAAAGGAUGGCGAAGAACCCAUCAACGAAUAAUGUAACAAUGGAGAUAGAGGCAAGCAUGCCAUCAGAGGUUGCAGAUGGAAUAAUGGUAGGAUUGAGUCCUCUAAGCGAGACCCUUUGGAGGGACAGAACCAAGACAGAAUUCGUAGGAGAUGUGUCGGCAAGGCUUACAUGGAAGGAUCUGACUGUGAUGGUUACCCUCAGCAAUGGAGAAACACAGAGGGUUUUGGAGGGACUUACUGGCUAUGCAGAGCCUGGAACUCUCACUGCACUUAUGGGUCCUUCUGGCUCUGGCAAAUCCACUCUCCUUGAUGCUCUAUCUAGUCGCCUUGCUGCUAAUGCCUUCCUCUCUGGAACGGUUCUCCUCAAUGGUCGCAAAACCAAGCUCUCUUUCGGGACCGCUGCCUAUGUGACACAAGAUGACAACUUGCUUGGUACUCUGACGGUGAGGGAAACAAUCUCCUAUUCAGCUCGGCUACGUCUUCCUGAUAAGAUGCCUUGGUCCGAGAAGCGUGCCUUGGUUGAGAGUACCAUAUUAGAGAUGGGUCUCCAAGAUUGUGCCGAUACUGUUAUUGGGAAUUGGCAUUUGCGUGGGAUCAGUGGGGGAGAGAAGAGAAGGGUCAGCAUUGCUCUUGAAAUCCUGAUGAGGCCCCGACUGCUCUUUCUUGAUGAACCAACUAGUGGACUUGAUAGUGCUUCUGCUUUCUUUGUAACUCAGACCCUCCGCGGCUUAUCUAGAGAUGGCAGAACUGUCAUUGCUUCAAUACACCAGCCUAGCAGUGAGGUUUUUGAGCUUUUUGAUAGACUGUAUUUACUUUCAGGAGGCAAAACUGUUUACUUCGGUCAGGUUUCAGAGGCAUAUGAGUUCUUUGCACAAGCUGGCUUUCCCUGCCCUGCUUUGAGGAACCCUUCUGAUCAUUUCCUUAGGUGCAUCAAUUCUGACUUCGACAAAGUGAAGGCUACUUUGAAAGGGUCCAUGAAACUGCGGUUUGAGGCAAGUGAUGAUCCUCUGGAGAAGAUAACCACGGCUGAAGCUAUCAGAACUCUGAUUGCUCACUAUCGAACUUCUCAGUACUGUUAUGCAGCAAGAGAAAAAGUAGAGGAGAUAUCCAAAGUUAAAGGAAAUGUGCUAGAAGCAGGAGGGAGCCAGGCUAGUUUCUUGAUGCAGGCCUUCACUUUAACAAAGCGUUCAUUCAUCAACAUGUCAAGGGACUUUGGGUAUUACUGGCUUCGACUAGUGAUUUAUAUUGUGGUCACUGUCUGCAUUGGAACUAUCUAUCUCAACGUGGGGACGGGUUACAAUUCUAUACUGGCAAGAGGGUCGUGUGCCUCAUUUGUCUUUGGUUUUGUCACGUUCAUGUCAAUUGGUGGGUUUCCUUCCUUUGUAGAGGAAAUGAAGGUCUUCCAAAGAGAGAGGCUAAAUGGGCACUAUGGUGUGGUCGCAUUUGUGAUUAGCAACACCAUUUCUGCAAUGCCAUUCCUGAUAAUGAUAACUUUUAUUUCUGGAACUGUUUGUUACUUCAUGGUCCGCCUUCAUCCAGGAUUUGAACAUUAUGUUUUCUUCGUGCUGUGCCUUUAUGCGAGUGUCACCGUAGUUGAAAGCUUGAUGAUGACCAUAGCCAGCAUUGUCCCUAAUUUCCUCAUGGGCAUUAUCAUUGGGGCUGGAAUUCAGGGAAUAUUCAUGCUAGUAUCUGGGUACUUUAGGCUCCCAAAUGACAUACCAAAGCCUGUGUGGAGAUACCCAAUGUCAUACAUUAGCUUCCACUUCUGGGCUCUACAGGGACAAUACCAAAAUGAUUUGAAAGGAUUGCUGUUCGACAACCAAUCGCCUGAUCUUCCCAAGAUACCUGGCGAGUACAUACUGGAAAACAUAUUCCAGAUUGAUGUGCACCGGUCCAAAUGGGUAGAUCUCAGCGUCAUAUUCAGUAUGAUUGUCAUCUACCGCAUCAUCUUCUUUAUCAUGAUCAAGAUCAGUGAGGAUAUUACCCCUUGGAUCAGGGGUUACAUAGCAAGGAGAAGAAUGCAGCAGAAUAAUGGAACUCAAAAUACAACAGUUGCUCCUGAUGGUCUCAUCCACUCACCUUCUUUGAGGAACUAUGUUGCCAAUCGUCCAACUGAAAUAUAGAUCAAGGAAUGUCGAAGGCUAAUGGAUUAAUGUAUCAUGCUUAAUUUCUUUCAGUUCAAACAGACCAUAUUAUUACUGUUGUUGUUUGUUGAAGAGCAUAAGUUAUAUAACCUUUGUUUCAACAAUAGGCUACAGAGCUGGUUGAUGAUGCUAAAAAUUACAUUUGGCAGUUCGCUAUGUACUUACAAACCAGAGACAAAUUCUGUAAUGCCUUGGUUAUAAACGUAAACUCAGUACCUUUUAAAGCU